AUGUCUUGCAAAUGGCAGGAACCCACCGACUCCGAGGUCGAUCGUGUGAUCAGGUCUUGGAGGAAGCAACGCAAGAAUCGAAGUGAUGUGGAGCUCCCCAGCUCUGACGAGGAAAGCGAGCCCAGUGACACAGAGCCAGAGGAGGAGGAGGACGACGACGAUGGAUCGAAGGGAAAGUGCAAGAAGAGUGGGCCGGAUGAAAUGGAUACGCAGGUGGAUGAAGAGCUUGCGCGCGCGAGGGAAAAGGAGGUGAAGCAAGCCCUCAGCGGAGUUGCGGCCAGGAAGGCCGAAUCGUGCUCUGAGUCCGACGAGCACACCGAGGACGAGGAAGCUGACGAGAGCGAAGACAACCCCGAGACCGAGUCGGAGUCAGAGGAGGAGGCUGAGCCCAAGAAAGGAUCUGCAAAGGCAAGCAAGAAGAGGGAUGAGGAUGAGUCCGAGGUCGAGUCCGAGGAAAGCAGCGAAUCGGAGGACGACCUUCCGCAGAACUUUUUGGAGACGCCCUCGAAGAGCAAGAAGAAUGAAGGGACGAAACGGGAGGAGCCGGCGGAGCCAUCCAGAAAGAACAGCCGCAGGAACAGGAAGGAACCCCGCGAAGAAGGAUCCAGGAAGAAGGCCCUGCAGCAAGAGGUCGACGAGGACACAGAGUCGGAAGAGGACGAGGCGAAGCUCAAGAAAGGAUCCGCUAAGCUAUGUGUUGAGUCCGAUGAGAGCGACGAGUCGUCAGAGGAGGAGGCGCCCAAGAAAGGAUCUGCAAAGGCCAGCAAGAAGAAGGUUAAUCCUGAAGAUGAGAAGGACGAGUCGGAAGACGAGGCGACUUCUUCACAGGCCAGAAAGAAGAACAAGACUGCCAAGGAGAACGAGACCCGCAGGGACAACGCCAAGCCGAAGAAAGGAUCCAAACAGGCCACAAUGAACAGGAAGAAGGAGUCCGAGGAGAACGAGUCAGAGCCCGAGUUCAUCCAGACGACAACGAAGCGCGCCAAGAAGAAGGAUGAGUCUGACUCCUCAGACGAGGACGAGGUGAAGGCGAAAGGACGCAUCAAGAGGCAGUGUGCUAAGGAAAGCGAUGAGAACGAGCCCGGGGACGAUGCUAAGCCCAGGCUAGGAUCCGCAACGGGAAGGACGAAGAAGCAAAAGGAGUCUGCAAAAGCCAAGAGGAAGACUGCUGAGGAAAGCGAUGAGAACACAGAGUCUGAGUCAUCAGCGGAAGCGGAGAAGGUGAAGCCCAAGAAAGUUAAGAAAGGAUCUACAAAGGCCGAGAAGAAGAAGAUUAAUGCUGAGGAUGAGAAGGACGAGUCGGAAGAUGAGGUCGUCCCGGAGGAGCCCAGGAAAGGAUCCGCAAAGUCAACCAAGAAGCAGCGCUCUGAGCAGUCGCAGGAUGAUGAGGACGAGGUGAAGCCCAAGAAAGGAUCCGGAGCAAGGACGCGGAAGCAAAGAACAGAGGAGUCCGACGAGAACAGUGAGGGGUCGCAGCCCAACAACGUACCCGCAACGCCUAGGAAGAAGCAAGCUCAAAACCAAGGCACCAAGGAGAACGCGGUGAAGUGCAAAGUUCUUGCAACCCCUGGCAAAAGCAAGCCGGGCUCUAGUGAAGACACAGGGGAGGCCGCGGUGAACCACAAGAAAGGGCACAAGAAGAACAAGAAGGCGCAAGAGAGCGACGAGGACACAGAGUCGGAAGAGGACAAGGUGAAGCCCAAGAAAGGAUCUGCGAAGAACAAGAACAAGGAUGAGGAGAAGGAUACAGUGGCCAGAGAAGAGGAGGUGCAGCGCCGGAAAGGAUCCUCAAAGAUAGCAAAGAAGAAAGCUGAGCCCCAGGACAGCUCGGAAUCGGAGAAGGACGAGGUGAAGCCCAAGAAGAACCCCGUGCAAAGACAAGCGACGGCCAUUUUGACUGAGGAACGUGAUGAUGCUGACGAUGAUGAUGAUAAUGCGAAAGACAAGAAGACCAAGAAGAAACUUGCCAGUGUAGAAGCACGUGGCCUGCCAAACAGCAGCAGCCACCGGAAAGAGUAUGCCCGAUUCAAGAGGUGGACCCGCAGCAAGAAGCGCUUCCCGGCCAAGCUGCAAGCAGCCCUGGCCACCAAGGACACAUGA